AUGAUGGGAGAAGUGUUUUCUAAGCCGCUUCCUAGCUCAACAGAUGGAACCAAAGAAGAGCAGCUCGCCUUCCUUCUCAAAGGGGUGUCAGCCAAACUCGAUAAAGAUGAAGCGGAUCUCCACGAAAUACUCCGACAACCGGACACGGCCGAGAAGAAGACGGUUUCACACAUAAUUCGUGCUCUGCCCUGGCAUCGAGGGUAUCACAUGGACGACGAAGCCAUCUCAAGUGCUGUAAACGACUUCUUUGGUGAGGAUCCAAAGUCGCCGAGCAGCCCUCGAUUGGGCACAUCGCCGAGUACUCUCCCGGGAAACAAUCAAGCCGGCGAGAUUGAAGAGCAGAAAUUAUUCAUGUAUGUGGAGCAUAACACUGUGAUUCGGAUUGACACGAGGGCUUGUGACGUUCUUGUCAAAGGCUUAAUUAAAGCCAACGAUGACACUUUACAGAUGUGGAAAUACAACUUCAGCCGCAAGGGCAUCAUUGCAGAUGUGCAGAAUGUAUUCGGCUGUGAGGAUGAACUGAAUUGGCUUAACUGGUUCUCUGACAAACUCUUGGAUGUUCUCUGUAGUUCGGUCGUUGACCCUUCGACGCUAGAGAUUAAUGAGCUAGUAUACCUUCUGAGCGAAUUCCAGGGAGACAAGAAUGUAGGUGACUACAUUAAUCAGCUCAUCUCGCCAUCUGCUCCCAGCUCAGGUCAACAGAUGGCUCCUGCCCCUAAGGAAACUAAAGAGCAGCUUGCUUUUCUUGUCAAAGCGGUAUCGGCCAAACUCGAUAAAUAUGAAUCAGAUCUCCACGAAAUGUUCGAAGAACCUGAAACAGUUGAGAAGAAGAUGGUCCCAGGGAUUCGUGCUCUGCGCUGGGAGAGAGAGUAUCGUGUGGGCGUGAGUCAUAACGAAGAAGGGAUCUCAGAGGCUGUGAACGACUUCUUUGGUGAGGAUACAAAGUCGCCGAGCAAUCCUCGGGCCGGAUUCAAGAAACUUAUCAAUAUCGCUUUGAGUAGCAUUCUUGGGAACAACCAAGCGGGCGAGAUUGAGGAGCAGAAAUUCUUCAUAUAUGUGGAACAUAAUGCCGUGAUCCGGAUUGACAUGAAGAUGUGGAAAUACAACUUCAGCAGCUCGGAUAUUAUCGCAGAGCAGCAGAAUGUAUUUGGCUAUAUUCUGUGCACUUCGGUCGUAGACACCUCGACGCUAAAGAUCGACGAGUUGGUCUAUCUUCUGAGCGAAUACAGAGGAGAUGCAGACGUAGAGGCUUAUAUGGACAAGCUCAUUGCAAUAUGGACCAAGAUGGACAACGUUCAAGAGAUGCUCAUCUCCCGCAGUCCGCUCGCAAUCAGUUACCGAAGCGCAAACUUCCAGAAUGCCGCAUUAAAUCGUCACAAAGCCAUCACGCCACCCGCUUCCAGUUCAAAUCAUCAGGUAGUUCCUGCGCCUAAGCCGACACAGGUAGUUGAACAUCCCGCGGGCGAGCACAAUUGA